AUGGCUACCACAGAACUCACUGAUACCGAGUUCCCCUACUCACUCCUAGAACCAUUUCCCUCCCCCCUCCCCACAAACCGCCUCGCAUCUUCCGCCCUGCGCACCCUCGAAGUCGACGCUGAGCUAUCCCCAUUUGUGCGACGCACCCUCACCCUCGCAGCCCCGUCCCCGCAUUCCACUUCCGAGCCACAAGAAAAGAAGCAGAAACAAGACCCGGACGAGUCGCAGACCGUGCUGCAAACCACCUACCGCGCAACUACCAACCGCAUGCUGCGCGUCGCGGUCAACGGGUUCAUGGAGAGUCUGGGGGUCGUGCUCGGGGUGAUGGCGGAGUUGGAUGUGGAUGUGCUAAAGGCGGAGGCAGAGAGGGAGGGGUGA